AUGGCUUCCCCCAAGGACGCCAUGAGCAUGGUUGUUUCCAAAGACACCGUGAAGGACACCGCAAAGACAACUACCGCAAAAGACACCAAGAUCCUGGGCCUCAGCAUGGCCGAGGCCAGAAUCAUUCUUCUGGCCACCCUCUGCUAUGAGAAGUCUCCCAAAAUGGACUGGGACAAGUUGGUCGCCAAGUCUGGCUACACCUUUCGCAGCGCGCAGGUGACUUUCAACAAGGCACGCCGAACCUUUGCGAGUAUCAAUGACAGCGAUUGUGAUGGUACCUUGGUUAAAUCAGGUACAAUUGAUGCUGCCAUCGACAAUGAUGGCGUCAAUGUUAAUGUCGGAGACGCUCCCUCAUCUUCUCCUGCACCUUCGAAAAGUCAGGCCAAGCCCAAGAAGGCCACUCGUAAGCGUGGCUUUAAGAAGACCCUCGAGUUUGAAGGUCCUCACAACGUUGUGAGCGGCAUGUCUGAGGAACUCACUGUUCCAUCCACUCGUAAGCGCAAGCUUCCCGAGGUCUUUGACAACAUUGAGGAAUAUACCGUGGACCAGUUUGGAAUGUUCUUCAGCAGCGAGACCACCGCACUGGAGGCGACUGAGCCCCAGGCUACUGGUUUUGAGGCUAAGGAGCACCUCGCUUAG